GGCCCCGGACCGGAGGCUGCGCCGCUUCGGCAGAGGGCCCGAGCGCCGGAGGCCUCUGGGAUGGUGUGGGACCGGCAAACCAAGAUGGAGUAUGAGUGGAAACCUGACGAGCAAGGGCUUCAGCAAAUCCUGCAGCUGCUGAAGGAGUCCCAGUCCCCAGACACCACCAUCCAGAGAACCGUGCAACAAAAACUGGAACAACUCAAUCAAUAUCCAGAUUUUAACAACUACCUGAUUUUUGUUCUUACAAAAUUAAAAUCUGAAGAUGAACCCACAAGAUCAUUGAGUGGUCUCAUUUUGAAAAAUAAUGUGAAAGCACAUUUCCAGAACUUUCCAAAUGGUGUAACAGACUUUAUUAAGAGUGAAUGUUUAAAUAAUAUUGGUGACUCUUCUCCUCUAAUUAGAGCUACUGUAGGUAUUUUGAUCACAACGAUAGCCUCUAAGGGAGAAUUGCAGAAUUGGCCAGAUCUCUUACCAAAACUUUGUAGCCUGCUGGAUUCUGAAGAUUACAAUACUUGUGAGGGAGCAUUUGGUGCACUUCAGAAGAUAUGUGAAGAUUCUGCUGAGAUUUUAGAUAGUGAUGUUUUAGAUCGUCCUCUCAACAUCAUGAUACCGAAAUUUUUACAGUUCUUCAAGCACAGUAGUCCAAAAAUAAGGUCUCAUGCUGUUGCAUGCGUUAAUCAGUUUAUCAUCAGUAGAACUCAAGCUCUGAUGCUGCACAUUGAUUCUUUCAUCGAGGUAAGAUUUAUCAUCUCCCUUAAAAAUAGAAAAAUCUUAGAACUAUACAAGAUAGACACGAAACUGUUCAUCCCAGUUAUUAAUGCUUUUAUAGAACUUGCAGCUAAAGAAUCAGGGUUGUACAUGCUACAGAGGACCCAAGAUCAAGAUGAAAAUGUGGCAUUAGAAGCCUGUGAGUUUUGGCUCACUUUGGCUGAACAACCAAUAUGCAAAGACGUACUUGUAAGACAUCUUCCUAAGUUGAUUCCUGUGUUGGUGAAUGGCAUGAAGUACUCAGAUAUAGAUAUUAUCCUACUUAAGGGUGAUGUUGAAGAGGAUGAAACAAUUCCUGAUAGUGAACAGGAUAUAAGACCACGUUUUCAUCGCUCAAGGACUGUGGCUCAGCAGCAUGAUGAAGAUGGAAUUGAAGAGGAAGAUGAUGAUGAUGAUGAAAUUGAUGAUGAUGAUACGAUUUCUGACUGGAAUCUAAGAAAAUGUUCUGCUGCUGCCCUCGAUGUUCUUGCAAAUGUGUAUCGUGAUGAGCUUUUACCACAUAUUUUGCCCCUUUUGAAAGAAUUGCUUUUUCAUCAUGAAUGGGUUGUUAAAGAAUCAGGCAUCUUGGUUUUAGGAGCAAUUGCUGAAGGUUGCAUGCAGGGCAUGAUUCCAUAUCUGCCAGAGCUCAUUCCUCACCUUAUUCAGUGCCUCUCUGAUAAAAAGGCUCUUGUGCGUUCCAUAACAUGCUGGACUCUUAGCCGCUAUGCACACUGGGUAGUCAGCCAGCCCCCUGACACGUACCUGAAGCCAUUAAUGACAGAAUUGCUGAAGCGUAUCCUGGAUAGCAACAAGAGAGUACAAGAAGCUGCCUGCAGUGCCUUUGCUACCCUAGAAGAGGAGGCUUGUACAGAACUUGUUCCUUACCUUGCUUAUAUACUUGAUACGUUGGUCUUCGCAUUUAGUAAAUACCAGCAUAAGAACCUGCUCAUUCUUUAUGAUGCCAUAGGAACAUUAGCAGAUUCAGUAGGACAUCAUUUAAACAAACCAGAAUAUAUUCAGAUGUUAAUGCCCCCACUAAUCCAGAAGUGGAACAUGUUAAAGGAUGAAGAUAAAGAUCUCUUUCCCUUACUUGAGUGCCUAUCUUCAGUUGCCACAGCCCUGCAGUCUGGCUUCCUUCCAUACUGUGAACCUGUGUAUCAACGUUGUGUCAAUUUAGUACAGAAGACUCUUGCACAAGCCAUGCUGAAUAAUGCUCAACCAGAUCAAUACGAGGCUCCAGAUAAAGAUUUUAUGAUUGUGGCCCUUGAUUUACUCAGUGGCCUGGCUGAAGGACUUGGAGGCAACAUUGAACAGCUAGUAGCCCGAAGUAACAUUCUAACACUAAUGUAUCAGUGCAUGCAGGAUAAAAUGCCAGAAGUUCGACAGAGUUCCUUUGCCCUGUUAGGUGACCUAACAAAAGCAUGCUUUCAGCAUGUUAAGCCUUGUAUAGCUGAUUUCAUGCCAAUUUUGGGAACCAACCUAAAUCCAGAGUUCAUUUCGGUCUGCAACAAUGCCACUUGGGCAAUUGGCGAGAUCUCCAUUCAGAUGGGUAUAGAGAUGCAGCCUUAUAUUCCUAUGGUGUUGCACCAGCUUGUAGAAAUCAUUAACAGACCCAACACACCAAAGACGUUGUUAGAGAAUACAGCAAUAACAAUUGGUCGUCUUGGUUACGUUUGUCCUCAAGAGGUGGCCCCCAUGCUACAGCAGUUUAUAAGACCCUGGUGCACCUCUUUGAGAAACAUAAGGGACAAUGAAGAAAAGGAUUCAGCAUUUCGUGGGAUUUGUACCAUGAUCAGUGUGAAUCCCAGUGGAGUAAUCCAAGACUUUAUAUUUUUUUGUGAUGCUGUCGCAUCAUGGAUUAACCCAAAAGAUGAUCUGAGAGACAUGUUCUGUAAGAUCCUCCAUGGAUUUAAAAAUCAAGUUGGGGAUGAAAAUUGGAGGCGUUUCUCUGACCAGUUUCCGCUUCCAUUAAAAGAGCGUCUUGCAGCUUUUUAUGGUGUUUAAUCUUGCACUCUGAAGCUGCAGUCCCACAAUUAGGGGUCCUUCAGUCUUGGAGACUAUGAGGGAGCCUCUGCACCCAGGGAAAAUGUUACCCUUUACAGGGGGGAAGGGUAAACCAGUAGGGAAUACAGUACAAUCCCAACCCUACUGGGAGGGGCGGGAGGGAGGUGUUGCCGUCACUGUAUUAAGUCGAUGUUGGGGAACGUUUUAACAUCUGGAGCCUUUGUGGGUGGAAAUCUGUCUCCAAUUACAACUCUGCACUGGAUGUGAAGAAGCAAAAAAAGAAAAAAUAACCUAUUCAGUCUACUCACAAACAGUACAUUCUGGAAUAUUAUGGGGAAUUGUACCAAAACAAGAACCAUAUAAAUGAAGCAUAGGGUUAAGAAAGAGGAAAAAUACUAUAGUGCACAAUAAAGGAAACCUAAGAAAGGGGGUUACAAACAGUAAAGUUUUUUUUUUUUUUAAUUUAAAGGUUUUUAUAAAUUUUCCCACAUGAUGGGGCCUAUUUUUUGCAUGCUGAUGAAGAACCACAUAAAGGAAGCUAGUAGAGUUAAAAUCAGCUUGCCCUACCCAUAGAGCAGGUUCUUGGAAGUUACAAUUUCAGGUACCCCCAGAAAUGUUGGAAAUAAAAACAUAACAAAUUUAAACAAUGAAGCACCCUGUGAAAAUGCCAAAUGAGUCACUCCUUUUACCUUUGUGGGAUGGGCAGGGAGGGAAGAGUAAACGGGGUUGGGCAUAUCAAACUAAAGAUUGACAUCUUAAUUUUGCAUUAAAACAUUAAUGUAGUGGAUAUAAUUUGAUGGUUGUACUUCAUUAGAUUUAAUUUCUAGGCCAAGAUGUUACUUUUAAAAAGUGCAGUUUAAGGUUCGGGCAUGCAUUCUGGCUCAUAGUGAUUGAAAGUACUUUAAAUUAGUGGGAAGUAGCAUGCUUGCAUCACAUAGAGUGAGACUGGUAUUCAUUUACCUCUGUUGCGCCAGUUUGUGUUGCAGUUUACCAAUUCAAUAUAGCCCUGCAUUUUAAAUUCCUUUUUAAGACUUGUGGAUUUUAUUUUUAUUAAGAAUAUAGGUAUAAAGUACUGUAGUUUACAGCUAGGCCUUGAAAUAUCUUUUUAGGACCUGUUAGGAAUAAGAUUGAUAUUGUAUUGUGUGUAACCUGCACAAUGUGGAAAGCUGAUAUACCUGUGCAAAAUCUUUGCCUCUGUGCUGUCAGUGUGAUGUGCUUUCUGCAUGGUUAUAUACUACUAGUGAUUUUAUCAAAACUUCAAAAAAUUAAACUACAUGGUAAAAGAUCUGUAAGAGGCUGCAUAAAUGUUAGUUGGCACAUAAAGACAAUUGUAGAAGUUGAAGACAUGAUUGCUAUAUUUCAAUGUUUAUUCCCACUCAACAUAUUGCCUUCUAAGCUUUUUUUGUUCAAAGCAUGAUCUUAAAGAUAUGUUUAAGUUAAUGGAUGUAAUGCAGGGUUCCUACACUGUAUUGGCGCAUGUUGGUGGCCCUCUGUGCCCUAGAUAUAUGCACACAGGGUGCAAGUAAAAAGCUACAGAGUGAAAGUUGGUUUGGAUCCUCUUCAUUUCAUUUGUUUAGCUUUUCUGUUAUUUUUCUCUACUUACAUGUAUUCCUGUGAAUAAAUCCUUGUUCAGUUAACCCUUUACUUUUCCUUCCAUGUGUAUUUUCUUAUAUACUGUGAAUGUGAAAACCUAACUGGUACACUUGAUCUUGUGUCCAUAUGAAAGUGCAAGUCUUUAUUAAUUUGGAUUGCCUGAACAGUGUAUCCCAUGAUGAUGAAGGAAAAUGGAGAGAUUUUUCUUUUAACUCUGCUGGUCAGAGAUGAAGCCACACCUUUCCAUUUUUCAAUGCUGCAUAUUUAAUCUGCAACAAAAAUGUUAAGCCAUAACAACCUUUUUAUAUUUUGGUUUGUCACCUUUGCAUUGCAGAAUAAAUACUGAAUAACCAUU